AUGGCCUUAUCUCCUUGGCAGCUAUGCUUCCAUACAGACUCGAAGUGCCGUGUCCGAACUUGCAACAACAAGAGAAUCAUUACCAGCACAGUGUUCGCUCCAUACUGCGGAUACCACAUUUGUUCCGUCUGUCUUAAGCAAAAGACGUUUUUCAAGCGUGGUCAUGGGGAGGAGCGGAUAUGCCAUCGCCACUCCUGCACCCACCCAACCUGCCACGCCCCGCGCUCCAAAAAACACCCCGACUCGCCCUACUGCACCAAACACGCCUGCAACGCACGAUCCUGCGACCAGCCGCGCCAAAGCCCAGCCCAGUACUGCGUCCACCACACCUGCCGCGCCCGCGGCUGCGUCAACGGCGUACACCCACCUACCCCGUCCUCCCAUCUCCCAGAUGUAGGAGAAGCAGAAACAGACGAGCUGAGAAAACAACAUUACUGCCCCGGCCACCAGCCCUGCCAGGCGCGCGGAUGCCACAGUCUCGCGUUCCAGGAUGUCUCGCAUCGCGCGGGGAAAUACUGUUUCCGUCACCACUGCGGUGCAGUGGCCGGGUGCGCGGGACAGCGUGUUGAUGUUGGGGGAGGGGGAGAGGGGACGGCGAGUGCGUGUCGGGAUCACACGUGCGCUUUGUAUCCGGCGUGUAGUAAACCCCGUGUCGAUGUUGAGGGCGGGUUGUUUUGUAAGAGCCAUGAGUGUGCGGAGGGAGGGUGUCGGAAGCAGAGGUAUGAUUCGGGGAGGACGGGGGUUGUGGGGGUAGGGGUAGGGGCGGGGGUUAGGAGGGGAUUAGGGGGAGGAGGAGGAGGAGGAGGGAAGAUGGGGAAGGGGGUUUGGUGCGCGGAUCAUAUGUGUAUGGCGGCGCUGACGAGACAGGAGGACUGUCCGAAUAGACGGGAGGGGACCCCGGCUAAUCCGGUGUAUUGCGCUGACCAUGAGCUCUGCGAGGAGGUUGGGUGUAUGGCGUUUUGCGCGGUGAGAGGACGGGGGGUCAGGUCGGCGAGGUGUGAGGAGCACCUAAAAUCCAAAUGCGCCUUCCCGUCUUGCACUCUCGACGCCGAGGGCAACGCCGCCGCCUGCCGGUAUCACGUGUGUCGAGCGAACGGAUGUAUAACGAUGCUCGCUCAGACCAUAACGCCGACUUCUGCCCGUACGUCCCUGUUCUGCGAUGUCCAUCGAUGUGUUGAAUCCGAGUGCGUUAAUCCGCGACUCACUACCACUACCACCACCACCACCAUAAACACUACAGCAGCUAUACCCGCCGCAGCAACAUUGCCACCAUGUAGCGGCGGUAACGUGUACUGCGCCGAGCACGUGCACCAGCGCCGCAUGGGCUUAGGUGUAGGUUUCAGCUCCGGUCUGUGUCCAUGCAGCGGUGGAGGAUGCCGCCAUACUUUCGGGACUAGAUAUGGAGGCGCGUGUUGUCGAACUCAUGGCGGUAGCAGCGGAGACGAUGACGACGAUAGCGAUGACGAUGAUACCAUUACCGAUCGUGGGGGUAGUAGUGGCGCCGGGGUGGGGUUAGACAUAGGUCCAUGUUUCGGUUGUGGUGGUGGCGGUAAGUGCAGUCAAUGUGUAAAAUGCUAA